UUUAACAAACUUAUUGUUAUUGAUGCCUUCUUCUCUCUUUUUCUAGAUACAAGACGCCACAAUCACUUCAAGGGUCUCAAGGUGAUUAACUUCAGGUUUACCAACAAAGUUCUCCAGAAUGAAGUAAAAGAAGCCGUCCUCAAUAUUCACAUUCAAGAGUUGGAGCCGCGUCAGAAUGUUACAAUAACCGAAGACCACUUUACAAUAAAUUAUCAAAUAAAUAGAAUAACUAGAAAUAGCCAAGGGAAUAAGGCCUCUGUCCCGUACGCUGAAGGUUCAUUUAAGCUUACGAGAAAGGACUUAAAAGUUGGCAAAUGGUUAAAAGUUAAUGUUAGUAAUAUGGUGGCUGAAUUUUUUAGAUUGCCACGAGAUAAUUUAGCUAUAGUAGCGAGAGUACAAGACUCGAAGAAUAGAAUCAACUUGGUAGUUCCUCAUCCAAGUUCGGACAUAAAUAAUGGAUUGAUGCCAUACAUAGAAGUAAGUCUUAGUGACAAAUCACACAAGAGAACGCGCCGUAUGAUUGGAAUGGACUGUACGGAAAACUCUAAAGAAGUUCGAUGCUGCCGGUACCCGCUCUCAGUAAACUUCGAAGAAUUCGGCUGGGAUUGGAUAAUCGCACCAAAACAGUACGACGCAAACUACUGCAGUGGCGAAUGCCCCUACAGUUUUUUACAGAAGUACCCCCAUACCCAUUUAGUGCAUUUAGCAGCUCCUCAAGGUAGUGGAGGUCCCUGCUGCGCUCCAAGAAAAAUGAGCAGCAUAUCAAUGCUGUACUUUGAUCAUGAGCUAAAUAUAAUAUACGGGACUAUACCGGGAAUGGUCGUUGAAAGUUGUGGUUGCUCAUAGCGACCGGGAUUAAUAUAAUAUAUUUCCUUCGAUUCUCUCGUAUUUUGAGUUGCAGUUCUUGGUUUUGUAAUCUUUAAUUUCUCUGGACUUGUACCGUCGUGGUGAAGGAACUGCGAACUCUAAGUGAUGUGUGAGUGUGUGCUAUGAUUAGUUUAAAUUUUUAUUUUCUUCAUUUGUACAUCUUUGAAAUGAAAUUUUGACUUAUUUUAAUACAAAAAUCAUUUGACCAUGUAUGAUCACUAUCAAGAAAGCAUUUCGUAUUAACUAGCAUUUAUAGUAAUAAAUUAUAGCGUACCAAUAUACAUAGAUGAACUGUCAAUAUUUUUCUAUUUUUUUACAUUUUAUAUAUUUAAUAAUGUUCGAUAUCUUUGUUUUAAAUAAGACCUUUUGUAAUGAAAACGCAUUGCUCUAUUUAGGCAGUAUAAUUUAUGGACCGUUAGCAAAACCUUUAUUAGUAGCGAUCAAGUAAAUUAAUAAUUUGAUUUAAAUUAAUGACACUGAAACUUUGCUUAAGUUGAAAAAGAAUAUUAUUAAAAUUUAAUAAUUAUUGGUGAAAACUUUCCUUCGUAUUUCGUUUCGCAUUUCCGUAAAUAAUAAUUGUUGUUUGUUAGAUUGGUCAGUCUAUAAAUAUGAUUCAACUUGAUCUUUCAAAUUGAUCUUGUUAAUUAUAAUAUUUGAUAGAUUGCCAAUAACAACAAAGUACCUUAACACAAUAGUCCUCUGUGUUUGUUAACCUUCAGAGGUCUUUGCCAUUGCAUAAUAAUAAUGUAAACUAUGUUUUGUCUAACGUUGCGAUACAGAAACAAUAACUUGAACAAAGCUUAAUUGCUAAAACAAAUUGAAAAAUUCCUCUUUUGAAAUUAAUAAAAUUAAUAUGAUCAUUUUUGUAAGAUAAGAAAUCGAUCUUGUAACAUUUGCAGAUCUUAUUUUAAAUCUAUGUGUGUUUUUGUACAUUCAAUAUUGACUACUGUGUAAAAUAAAACUUAAGCACGAACGUAUAGAAAAUACAAGUUGAUUGUAUCUAAUUUUGUGUCGUAUUAAUGUAUUUAUGUCUUUAAAAUUGACUCAAAUAGGUUUUCUGUUCGAACUGGAAUUUGAUCCUAGUUAGAGCUAUGGCAAAGUAGGUAUCACUAUACGUCUCCAUAACGACUAUUUUUCAUACGAAUUAUAUUUGAUGGAAUAUAUGAGAACGCUUGAGAUUUCCGCAAUCUGGAUUCCAUCUUGCUGUUCACCAGUUCAACUUUCCUUGAUAUUUUAGUAAUGUUCAGACUGCCAUUAUAUUUGCCAGAUUGGACACUAAGUCGUUCCGCCCACUGUUUUGUUUAGUAAUUCAUCAAAGAACUUUAUUAUUUGAUCUAAACUUAUUCAAAGAUUUGAACUUAAAUUAAAAUUUUAAUUACUGAAAUUAAAAAAUAAUUAUUCUAAAUUUCCAAAAUUUACUGGAGUAACACAAUUUUUAUAAAGUUUGCCGUUCACCAAUUGUGCCAAAGCAUUCAGUAAUGCUACUAAAAUAUAUUUGUUCUGCAGGAUUGUCAAUAGUUAUUCUAUCUGUUCAUGUAUGGCGUUGGAUUAGUUUAUACAAAGGAUAUAAUAUUAUAUGAAAUACUUUAGAAUGAACUUACAGUUAGCGCGCGAGUUGAAUGCAGUCAGAGCCCGAAGAGCAUCCUAACAGUGUUAUCACGUUAUUACUGAAGUUGCGAUCCCGUGUUAUUUUUUAUUUUAACUAGAUGGACCCGAUUCCAAAAACGAGUUUUUAUUCAUCAAUAAAUCUCGUUUUUUUUGGAACAAAACCUGAUGGAGUCGGCGAUGGCCAAGGACGAGAAAUGGCGAAAAGUGUUUACGACAUGUUUGAUGAAGAAAGGAAGAAAAAAAUUAGAGAUUUAACGUAGUGUAAAAUGGUAUACUUAAAGCAUUGCUUCAAUUUUGUCGACACACGCAUGAUUGUGUUCAUCAGUUAUAAUUAGAUCACAGCCCUAUCACAUAACUGAACUCUGCAUUCAACUCGUGCGUUAUCUGUACAUAAGUAAUUAUUCUCUUCACAAUGAAAACAUUAGUUUGUGAUCAAAUCUCUCGAUAAUCACUUUUAUAUUAUGUUCUCAAUCGAUAUUAGAAUACGGAAUAAACAUAAGUAGCUAUGAGUAGAUAGGUGUAUGUAAUGUCAAUGUAAUUUUAUUAUUGUACUUCCUCUGGAAUUCGGAUCUCGAUCAAAAUUUUUCGCUUGUUAGAUUUCGCGGGUGGUGCUUAAAGGUUUUAAAUCGUAUGGUCAGUAUCCAACCCUGUAUUUUAUAUGCGUAUUAUUGUCGUGGUGAGCUAGAUUUUUUUAUAUUGUUUUUAUUGUAAGUUUUUUUAGAAAAUGUUGGAAGAAAGGGGACAUCCAUAAAACGUCACACGAAUUUCAUGAUGAGACACCCCUCACACCCCACCUAGUACGAUGUCACAUAAUUCGCAAUUUUAUACUUUGAUAUUUAUGAAAUUAUUAAAACAGCAGUAUUCCGAAAUUAUUGCCAUUUCUAUUUAAAUUAUUUUUCAGUAAAAUCAAAAAUAAAUUACCAAACAUAAAAAAUUAAAAUUUAGUAGGUACCUAUGUACUUUAAAUUUAGUGUAGUUAUGCCACCUAGAUAGAACUGGACUGGGUCCCCUCACCGCCCCUUGUCACACUUCGUAGCUCCCCCCCCCCUUAACGUGUGACGUGAUUAAUGGAUGGUCCCUAAUAUCAAAAUUAGAUCUCAAUUUGGGCAACUGAUAGAUUUUAUGUCUAAGUCUGACCGCUUUUGGAUCGCGAAUGAUUAUUGGGGACAGAUGUCUGUCCGUUGUGGCUAGGAUAUCAAAAUGAACAAACAUGUGUUGUAAGUUUUACAAAAUAAAUUUCUCAAUUCAUAAA